GUUCUCGUGAAGGUCGGUAUAUAAAAGGGAGCCGCACACUUCUCGCCCGCUCACUCUCCUUUUAGCGUGCGAAGUGUGCAGUCAUGAGAGUUUUGACGUUAGUGCUGGGCCUGGCGGCCUGUGCGGCGGUGGCGGUCGCCCAGGAGGCAGCCGCUGAUGACUUAUACGAUUACUACUACGACGACCUGCCUGCCGAGGGCGCCCCGGCGGAGGCGGCCGCUGACAAGGCUGCGCCCAAGACCGGCGAGGUCGCGCCCGCGGCCGAGGAGGCGCCCCUGGAGGAGGAUCUCACCACCACGCCGGCGCCGAAGACGACGACGGCCGUGCCCAAGAGCCGCCGCCGCCUCGUCAACCUCGCCAGGAACGCGAGGAGCCGCAACCGCACCCAGACCACGCGGCGGCCCCGCCCCCCGCCCUCACCACCACGCCCGCGCCGACGCCGCCGGCUCGGGCCCGCGCCGGGCAGGCUCCCGCCGCACUAGCGGCCGCGCCGUCGCAGCCGCCGAAGUCGCCGAGGAGCCCAGCGGCAACCGGUUCCGCCCCUCCCGCCGCGGCUCCUCACGCUCCUCCGCCGCCGCCGCCAGCACCACGCCCGAGCCCGAGGGCACCACCCACCGCUUCAGCCGCGGGCGCGCCGCCUCGCGCCGAGGGGGCGCCAGUAAGACCCGCGACGAGGAGACCACCGAGGCGCCCGAGGAGGCCAGCGCCAGCGGCUCCCGCCCAAGGUUUGGUCGUCGUCCUGUCUAAUAGUCCUUGGUGUCAUGCAGCACACCCUCAGUAUUCAUGUUUCUCACCCCCUCACCCCGCCCCCUCCUCCCCGCCCUUCAUCCCGGGUGCCGCGUCCCCGGAGUCCACCCACCCCCCCUUAGCGCUGGCUACUAACACCCUCACUCCUCUCUCGACACUCUGUAGGCGGGCGUCCCUCGCCGUCGCCCACACCCACGAUGCCGCCAUGACCACACCUCAGAGCAUGUUUCCGAGCCCCCUCCGGUUAACCCCGAGAGACACUUUCUUCCCCCUGCUCUCUCCUUUCUCUUCUGUUGAGUCUCGCAAUUAACCUUCCGGAUACUUUUCCUCUCUCAAUGAUCAAGAAUUACUCCUGUCCUUAUUGGUAAUCUGAUUGUUAUGCUUCUCU